AUGAAGAAAGGGGAAGCCGAAGGCGGUCAAGGCGCGAGCUUCUUUCUCUCCAUCGUUCGCAAGGCAUCUCGACGUCUUGAUCGCUGGGAUUAUGAAGAUGCCAAUAGACCGAAGAAAGUCCGCCAGAGAGAACGGGAGGGGCGACAGAGGGCCAAGGCCACGCUCGAGGCAGAUAUACGAGCUGCGAAUAAUCGAUCUCGUCCACGCCCGUCGCGGGCCAAUGCAGCCAAACGCAAGUCCACUGGUCCAGCAGCAACACCAGGAACCGGUAAGAAAUCAUCUAGGUCUGCACGACCGAAGGCUAACCGUAACCGCCCGGCCGGUGCCUCUGCCGUGGGCACCCCGUCCUGGGAUGAUCAUAGCGCUAGCCACGAGUACUUAGGAGAACUAGACGACCUAGACCGCGAGCUACUAGGUGAGGCGUCUGGUGAUGAUAAUAUGGCGCUCCGCGCCGGUCAGGAAGAAGGUGAUUUCUCCGAUGAGUCUGGUGAUGAGGAUGGGGAUAAGAACUCGUCCACGUAUGACGGAGCUAAUGGUUAUGCACGGCACAUGAGCUCGUCGCCUGUUCCAGAUCGCGCUGAUGGCCGACGUGCAGGGGAUGAAACGGUGGACAAUUAG